AUGGCAGGCAAACACGUGGUCGUGACGCUCCACCCGGUCUACUCGCCCGAUACGCUGCCCUUUCGUUCGUUGACCUUUUCCUCCGACAACGAUACCGUUACCAUCGGCAGAUCAUCCAAAUCGCAGAGCAAGAACUUGGUCCCUCAGCACAAUAAUGGCUGGUUCGAAUCUCGAGUCAUGUCUCGGAACCACGCCCUGCUCGGCGUUUCCUUGCAGAAGGAGAGACCUUCCGCCCCAUCACAGUUCGUUGUGAGUGUCAGUGGUUCAGUAACAGGCAAGCCCCUCCCAGCCGUGGCUUUUCUUUAUGGUUCCCCAUUCUUUGACUUAUUGCUGACUUUUAGUAGCAGCGAUCAGGAGAAAGUUCACCCCGACUCCGAGACCGGAAAGCCGACAACAAACAGUUUCUCCGUCCCGGACGAUGAUGAUGAGGUGGUAGAGGUGUCGCCAGACUCGCUCUCGGCAGAGAUGCCCUCUGAGCAUCAUGUCGUCAUUCCUGAUUCAGACAGCGAGUCUGAGUCCGAUAGUAGCAACGAGGUGGAGCUAUCUUCACCAGUUACUUCACCAGAAACCAAACAUUCGGAUGCAUCAGAGGCGAGAAACGUCCAGACUGCCGUGAAAGGCAGCAAACAUGAAACGGAUGAUGCGAACCCCUGUGAAGGUUCUCUGCAGAGCCCUAUUCUUCUCGACCGUGAUGAGCCACCGCUGAAAUCUGGAGGUCACCGAGCCCGUCCAGCAGGCAUGCCGCCUCAGCGGGUGCUGGGUCAACCGUUCGGCCACACUCCACCUGGUGCCUAUCCCAGCUUCCAAGAAGAUGACCAUGUUGAAAUCCCGGAUAACGACCAGGACAGUGCAGAUGAUUCGGACCAGAGUUCUGACGACGAUUGGAACAGCAACCGGGAGGAUUUGAGUGACGAAGAGGGCUCAGACUCUAACAUGUCUGCUAAG